GCUAGACAAAACAAAAACGGGCGCGGUGCCUUCUGGGUAAUUCAAAAUGGCCGACGCUUGAAGAUUUUUUGUGGCAAAAGUUGAAGUAAAACGUGAAAUUGUGUCUUUCUGAGUGGGAUACGGUCACUACAGGGUGUAGAGGAGGGCAAGAAGUGAUGGCAGAAAAAGGAGCUGAACAGGAUGACGCUCCUGGCUGUAGGGAUGGACCUACACAACAACAGCUGAACACUAAGUCUGCAGCCGCAGCAACAGAACCACUGCAGACUGCUGCAGAACCACAUACUAAACACACAGGAGCUGCAGCAAAAGAAACGAAAAUGUCGAACAGAGGCUAUACACAGCCUACCAAUAAUCCAGAGACCUUAAAACCAUCACAAUCUGACAUUUCUGCAAUAGAGGCCCAACAAGGAGCAAGUUCAGACCAAGAAGAGGUACAAUUGUUGCAUUUGGAAGCCACAGAGGCAGUGAAGGAGAUAGGGUUUGCUGUGAGACACGCGUACAAGUCUACAACACUGACUAGUACUGACCAAACUGUCUACAUUAAUGUACAGACCAAGGAGGAGUGUACUCUCUGUCUGGAGCUGUCACUGCAGGGUUUUCGAGUGGUUGGUCACAAGUUUGACCAGGUGGACCGGUCCUGUUAUUCCCGCCACUAUGAGACCAUCUAUGCACUGUUGGAUGACCUAAGCCUGGGUUACAGACAGUCGUUUGGAGAAACACUCCAGAAUAGACUAGAGGCUCUGGCUUUGGAACAGAGGGCAGAAGAAACACAAGCCAUUGAGGGGGACUGAAACAUGUGUAAGUGAUCUCAACCAGUGAUUUUGAACUUCGUUCAGCUCACUGAAGGGCUAUUUUUCCGCUGGUUGUCACAGAGAAGACAGACAUUACGUAUGGCAUCUACAGAGGUUCCUUAUACCAUGGAAUCUCUUAUGACAAGUACAUUGGACAGUGGACCAUGGCAUAACAUCAGACUGACUACGCAGGCCAAUUUCCCUUUUUUUUCCAAAUUCUAGACCUACAUGUUAGAUCCCUGCACCCCCGUAGGAAGUCCUGAUGGGAGCUAUAACAUCCUGUCUUAUAUAGACUUUAACACUUUCUAGUAGUGUGCAUAUUAGCCAAACAACAACAACAGGGAUUCAAAUUCCCUGCCUCUGGGUCAAGGGUCAUUAAUCAUUGGACUACAUGUCUAUAACUGUAAAUGCAGAAAUGUUCGCGGUGGAUUAAUGUUCGCGGUUUUUGCGGUGACCACUUCACACUUAAAAACACCACGAACAUUUUUCUAUUAUGGUAUUAGACUGCAGUCUAUGUUACCGUGAACUUAAGACCACCGCAAAAAGUCCUUUUCCCUGCUACCGCAAAAUUGAAUCCCCGCAAACUUAAAUGCAUUUACAGUAUUCCAUGCAAUGUUUGGAAAAAGAACUGAUUUCCUUGGCCUUAUGAACAGGUGUUUUUGUACACCUGAAUGCAUUGAUUGUUGUCUUGAGUCACACCUGUCCUUGGUCAUCACCUUUGUUUGUCUCCUUUGCAUAACCCAAAUAUACGUACCGGUACAAAAAAUUACAGGUACGAUUCAAAUACAGACCUGAAACAUGUUAACAACGCUAACUGCAUCUGUUAAUUUAGACCAAGUUUGCCUGUAGAUAUUUGAUAGAAAUCUGGGCUGUCAUCCCUCCUCUACUUUGCUCUUGUUAUCUGUUUCUACCGGUAGUACAUUUUUUAGUUAAUGUAUCACGGUAUACCCACCCCUUACUCGUAAGUCUAUUAGUACAGGAAGCCUUCUUUCCUUUUCACCUACCUACUCAAUUAUUUUCCUAUGAAACAUCUGAAAACCAGUAAUUGAAUUUAUAGUGGCCUCAUGGUGUAACUGUCAGCACUUAAAGGUUAAAAAUAUAGAAUUAAAAGAUCUUUAUUUGCACAUUCUUGCCCACAUGGGCUAAAUGCAACUUACAUCUGGUAUCAAACAAUACCAAUGUGUGUCACAAGAAACUGUGUUUUAUUUUCAUAUUUUGUUGUUUGUCAGAAGCAGAGUAUUAUAUUUAAUGUGUCAUACAAGAACACAAUACUUUAUAAAACCAUAAUGGUUCUUUGUACUGCUUUUACUGAAUCAAUACUUAGUAAUAAUAUGUCUCACCAAAGAGCUGUGUAAAAUAUCUUGAGUAUUUACUUCCAAAGUAAAACAUAAUGGAAUCCAUGUAGGUGGGGAAAUACAAAGAAAAUUGCACAAAACAAGCAAAAUAUUUGUACAUUUACAUGAGAAGUACACAUCAUGGGACAUCAUGUCAUCUUCCAAGAUAUAACUUUUUUAAUGUAUAAACAUAAAAACCUCCUUUUUUUACAGCCAAAUAUUUCAUAUCAUACCAAGGAAAUAAGUAGGGUGUAGCUUGUCUCAAAUUAAACAAGUUGUAGAUCCUAUUGUGUUCUGGAAGAUGACAAUCCCGCAGUGUGUAUUCAUUUUUGCAUGUACAUCUGUAAAAUCCCUACCACACACAUAGCCAACAAAGAUCUCACGACCUUCUCCAGACCGCGGUUGGCCGCUAGUCAAGGAUAGAUAAUUCUGUUUCCCAGAUUUUUGCCCAACUGGGCUAAAUUAAUUUCAGAAGAAAGAUAUGUUUACAAGAACAUGAUGAUGUACAAGUUCGUCUCAAUAACGUAAUCAACAUGUGGUAUACAGAUUCAACUUCUCACAUGUAUAAAAGAUGCCUGAAAUGAAAUCAUUCAAGAGAAAUCUAUGAUGGCCCACAAGGACAAAUUUCAUUGCCUGGAAGUUGCAAAUCAGAUAAGUUUGAGAAGGCUGGAAAAAUGGUUUGCAUAUACUGUAAAAUUUGUCAUUAUGGGCCACUAUAGUAACAAUACUAUUAUAAUUUUUUAAUUGUUAUUUUACCAUCUUCUAUGAAUAAGGCACAUAUCUGCCAUUUGCGGCAAUUUCAAUUUAACCAUCUUCCAUUAAAGUGAGGUAUCUGCUGUUGGUGAUAAGU